GAGUAUCUUUGGCUAUAGCAUCUGAUUUAAAUAAUUAACGUGUCACAAUUGAAUGAUCAAAAUUAGAAUUUAAUUUUAAAACGCGUUUUUCAAACCUUAAACAUGGCAAGUUCUAUUCCAAAAAUUUUGCCAUUUUAUGCAUUGCUACUCUAUGUUCUCGGCAUACCACACGCCAGCGCAGAUUAUAGAGAAUUUUUGGAACAACUAAAACUGGAGAAAAUGUUUCACGUGAUGGGACCAAAAGAGCUCUUGUUAACAUUUUCGAACAAAACAAACAGAGGUUUAUUUUAUAAUGAAGCAUGUAAAGCGGAUAUUUUAGCUUACAAAAGUGGACUCGACAAGAAAGAAAUGUGGGCUUUGAGAAUGCUGGAUGCCUCAUCAAAAAUACCGCCAGGACUUUUGAUAGGAAAUUUUAUAGAAAUGGGCAUGUAUGAUGAGUGCAUGGAAGUUUAUGUAAAUAAAACUGGCAGCGAAAUUCGUGGUAACCACUGCACGUACGUUCUUCACUUGUCGUAUAAAAACAAAACUCUUCCCGUAAAUCCUUUAUUGUCAAUUUGCUUGCCGGUUUCCUGCCAGGAGAAAGAUUUGAGUAAUAUUAUACACAAAAGAAUGGAAAACACAGGAAGCUACCAAGCUUAUAACGUUACAUCAAUCGAAGUUCACUGUUCUGACGUACAUGUUCGAGACCCGACAGGCGCAAUUAUAACAGCCACUGUCAUUGUCUCUUUUUUUCUUUUUCUCGUAACUUGCACGAUUCUGGAUUGGCUCAAAAGAAAAGGAAUUCUUGGUAUUAAAAUUCCAAAAGUUUUGAGUGAGAUAUCUUUACUUAAGGGCGCUAUGGAUAUUUUUCAUAUGGAAGAUAACCCAGGUUCUAUAUCAGCACUUCAUGGAAUGCGAUUUUUAAGCACAUCCAUUAUAAUUUUUGGACAUGGUACUAUCAUUCGGGCAAGUAGCCUGCAUGCUAAUAAUAUAGACUUAGCUUACUUACCAACCUGGCAAAGUUUUAUAAUGGCGCCUCUAUAUUACUCAGUUGAUACCUUUUUAACAAUCAGCGGCUUUUUAGCAUCUUAUUCAUUUCUGAAAAAGCAUAUGGUUGGAAAAGAAAAUUUUAAUAUUGGACAAUACUAUUUACAUCGUUAUAUAAGAUUAAUGCCAGCAAUGGCAGCUCUUACUUUCACGUCAAUAUAUAUUAUCCCAUUUAUUGGAUCCGGACCAAAAUGGAGGAAAGCCACGAAGGAUAUAACGUCCGAUGUAUGUAGGGAAAAAUUGUGGACAGUCCUAUUGUUUGUGAAUAAUAUGGUGCAUAAAAAGAAAUAUUGUUUGGUACAUUUAUGGUCGACGGCUGUUGACAUGCAGCUCUUUUGGAUAUCCCCGCUCAUUUUAUAUCCAUUGGCUAAAAGACCGAUAAUAGGAUUAUGGAUUCUGGGGACCUUGUUCUUCGCUUCAGUGAUAACUCCUGCCAUAGUCCUUGCUGUGAAUCAGUUUCGAUUUUCUCUAAACUCAGUAGAACUAAGUUUCGCACACAAUCUAGAGAUGUUUGAAAAUCUAUAUACACAACCUCACACUAGAGCCAGUGCGUGGCUUAUAGGAAUAUUUCUUGGUUAUUUUACAAUUAUUGGACCCAAAGAACUGAAAAAGUCAACCAUUCUUGCUGGGUGGACCCUGACAGCAGCUGCUGCACUAUUUUGCUUUAUCGGAUUUUGGUCCUUAGUGCAGGUAAAUUAUGAAUAUGAUGUUGCCUAUGAAGCGUUUUUUGGCGCAUUAUCGCGUCCGAUUUGGUCUGUUGGUAUUGCCUGGAUUAUUUUCACAUCUAUUCACGGUUAUGGAGGAUACGUAAACAAGUUUUUAUCCUUGCCUAUCUUCUUUCCACUAAGCAGAUUAUCUUUUUGUCUAUACUUGGUUCAUAUAAUGGUACAAUUGACAAAUAGCCAGAUUGCUAGGACGCCUUCAUACUACAUAAUAUUUCAACAAGUUACUGCCUUCACCGUCGAUUUAGUUUUAUCCUUAACGGUUGCCUUCUUCAUUUGCAUUGUAUUCGAAAUCCCAGCGAAAAUUUUGGAAAUGUUUCUACUAAGAAAAAAAACUAUGAAUCAGAAGUCAAAGAAAGAGAAGAGAGAACGAAUAAAAAAAGACUGAAAAACCCAUAGUGACUCCCAAAGAUCAAAUUUUCACUAAAAAAGGGGCUUCACGAAAUUGUUAUGUACCUCGAUUAUAAGCGAUAUAGUACUCUAUAUAAUACUUUCAGCCCACGUCAAGAAUAGCACAGGCCGACAAAAUUUCAAAAACGCAAAAACCUAGAAAGACAACCAUACCUACCUGAAGGUUUUUGGUGCACUAGAUCCAAAUCUAGCCUCAGAAAUGUUCCAUCACCCUAGGUUUCCGAAAUAUCUUAAACUAAAAGUGCGAAAAACGCGGUUCUUCGCUAUAUUUGAGAAUUUUUCUCAAAGUGAAUAAAUUUGUUUCUAAAAACUAAUGACGGUAUUGGAAGCUACUACUCUUACACUUGAAAGUAGUAAGAGUAGUAGUUUUUAAUACCGUCAUUGGUUUUUAGAAAAGAAAUUUAUUCACGUUGAGACAAAAUCUCAAAUAUAGCGAAAAACCGCGUUUUUCGCACUUUUAGAUUAGGAUAUCUCGAAAACCUAGGGUGAUGGAUCAUUUCUGAGGUUUUUUUCUUUAUCGGCCUGUGUAAUCGAUACAAUGUACACCCGCUUUUAGCAGGCAUCUGUGCAUUAGAUUCUUGCAGCAUGUGUAACUAGUAGAAGGUUCUGGAAGCGCUAAUCCAUACAAACCUAUAAAAACCGCCCCUUCGGAUCGGCUGGAGAAUUCUCGUCACCGGCUUGUCCGAAACACACUGUAACCUGUUGCUCUUAAAUAUACUUAUAUUAUAUCUAUUUGAAGUGGUUAAUACUUCUGCCGAUCCUGACCUAUUUGGUUAAUGGUUCCAUCUUGUUUAUUAGAACUAAGAACUAAUCAAACCCAUGGCCUUGUCUCGCGACUGUGAGUUAAAUGAUCUCCUGGCACGACAACAUUUUGACGACAGCCAGCUCUAGGGGCUUAGGAGUAACCUGGUACAAUGAUAGCAGAGCUCAAGUAAAUUCACCUCUAUUUAAGAAGGCCCCGACUAUAAAUUGAAGCGGGACUGAUUGAUCUAAGCAGGUCGAUUACUGUUAAAGCAUCACUGAUUGAUUUGAGCGGGUCGAAUUUGAUUUUUACCCAAUUCGACCAGUCCAUCCUAGUGAAAUGGCGUAUUGUUUUCGGACUUAGAGCUUCAGUACAGGGGUGAAUUUUUUUAUAAUGGUUUGUUUUCAUAUUCAGAAAUGGUUUCGUUAGCUUUAAAUUCCAGCAUGGUGAUAUAUAACCUUAAGCUAAGCCGACGCGACGGGUGAAGCAGUCCAGCAUGUCGUCGACCUUCAGUGACCUUUUGUGUCACAAUCAGAGCACCAUGAUAAACUCGUAGAAUGUCAAUUUAAUUUCAGUCGUGUGGUUGACAUAAUUUAAUUGUUAACUGUAAAGUUUAGCCACUCUCAAUAUAAGACCUUUAUCGUAAGUCAUAGGGCUAUUAAAUGACAUCGCAGUUACUAUCGCGGAUAAAUUGAUAGAAUGUAUUUGAAUUUCAGUCGUUUUGUCUACAUAAUUUAAUUGGUAACUAUUAAGCUUAGCCACCGUCAAUAUAAAGCCAUAGUUUUUAAAUCGUUGGGCGAAUAAGAAACGCCUUAAAAUGUGACCGUUAUAAAAUCGGAUCGACAACCGAUAUGUUAAAUGAUCGGUAUUGUCAAGGUACCUAGACACAAGUAUGAGCAUGUUACUCAACUCAUAUUUUGUGAAAUAAUUAGUAUGAUUGUUAUCUUACAGGGAUAUUUUUUUAAUAUGAAGCUGCAAUGAGUGUAAAUAAAAAAUAGAUGUGUUUGUCAUCCGUAUUCGUUUCUUUCCUUGUUGUAAAGGAUCUAGCACCCUUCAGGCAAAAACUUAAAAAUCAUUCAAAAACUAAAAAUCACUACUUGCAAUUUAAACAAAAUGAAUUCCGAAUUGGCUUAGGCUUGGCUAAUGCGACAUUUGACUAAAAUUUAUUGGCUAUGAAUAAACCAUUAGGAUAUUAAAUAAAAAUAAUCAACACUAAUUGGCUGAGAUUUCAGCCAACAGUCAUCGGAGAAAUGUAAAAGUAUGUAUAAGUUCUGCAACUAUACAACUAUAUCGCUAUAUUACCGUCGAAUCGCACGCACGACGCUGGGAGUAUAGCUUUGAAUCGUCUGUAUAUACUUACCAGUAGAGUGUAUCAUCGCUUGUGAGAAAUAACUAACA